AUAAAAAUGAAAGGAAAAAAACAAACAUAGAAGGCGUGAUUAGAUUUUUUUUAAGCGCCUUAAAAGUGCAUGAUUCCGAGCAGCUCUUGCAGGUUAUUCCCCAGUUUUGGGGGCUUCGAUCAGCUCCACGUUCCUGAAGCACAUCCACGGCUCCGCGGAGGCCGUCCCACGGUCCCGACUCGCACACCCACAGGACGAAACGAGCAGAAGAGGAAGUAGGAGUAGCCGCCCAGCGACUAUACAUGCGCGGCUCGGCUGCUGCAGGCUUUCUGCAGCUCUCGGCGGGCGACGAUGGGUCUGGAGGGAAGCGUAGGGUGGUGCGUGCGUUUCGGAUGGAAAGCGCGUCAUGUUGACAGGAAGGGGAAGUGGCCAGCUGUUUGAACUACCUGAUCUCUCACUAAAACCUGGUGGGGAGCACCCAUCUACCUCUCCUGCUGCCCGCCACCUGUUUCGAAGGGAUCCGAACGAAGCAAAACAAAACAAACAAAAAAAAGAAGUAGGGGGAAAGAAACAUGACACAAAACGGUGCUGGACCCGGCAGCGGUAGCACAAAAAAGGUAGAUGAGCUUAAAAUUGUGAUUGUGGGAGAUGGAGGCUGUGGGAAAACAUCUCUGCUGAUGGUUUAUGCCAAAGGUGAUUUUCCAGAGAAAUAUGCUCCAUCAGUGUUCGAAAAGUAUGUCACAACCAUCUCGCUCGGUGGGAAAGAGAUAAAACUCAACCUGUAUGACACAGCCGGACAAGAGGACUACGACAGACUGAGGCCACUUUCUUACCAAGAAGCUAAUCUGAUUUUAGUCUGCUUUGAUGUCACCAACCCCACCAGCUUCGAGAAUGUCAUGAUCAAGUGGUACCCGGAGGUGAAGCACUUCUGUCGAGACAAACCGCUGAUCCUGAUCGGCUGCAAAACUGACCUCAGGAAGGAUAAAGAGUGCGCUAGGAAGCUGAAGGCCAUAAAUCUGGAUCCCAUCACUUACAUACAGGGCGAGGAGAUCCGGCAGCAGAUGAACGCGGAGCUCUACCUCGAGUGCUCGGCCAAAUACCAGGAGAACGUGGAGGACGUUUUCAGGGAGGCGACAAAGCGAGCGCUGGCCUUCCACCGAAAGCAGAGGAACCACAAGAGGAAGAAGAAAUGUGUUGUUCUGUGAAGAUACGGACUUUCAGGAUCCCGCUCUCUCGCUGGCGAACGUUAAGAGGAUCACUCGCUGUGCUCGAUGCGUAUGGACACUGAGAUGCCAGAUAUACCAAACGCAGAUAUGAAAAAAAGAAACUGAAGAGACGAUCGGUCUCAUUUUUUUUUUUUUUUUGCCCUGCCAAGCCUGGUUAGUAAUCUGCAACAAAAGUGACGAUUGCCGCAACAGGAAGGGCAAUUUUGCAAGUUGCAAUGACAACUUCUCAUGUAGGAUACGAGAAACGUGUGUUAACAUUUUGUACUUUUUAAAAAGGACAAUGUUUUUUUGUUUAUAUACACACAGACAAGUAUUUUUUCCUUGACAUUAUUUUGCACUUCAAUACCAGCAAGUUGUUUUUAACUAUUUAUUAAUGAAAAUGAAGCAGAUCUUGAUCUGACGUUAGUUGAUAACAUCAUCCUAGAUAGAUGUUUGUCUUUGAUAUAUUGUGGUAGUGGAGCUUUAAGAGUAGCACUGGAUAAAUACCAGGAGAGCAAAAUAAACCAGCGGCAGGAUUCUUAACUUUACCAACAGCGCCCACCAGAGGCAGAAGACAUUAGCACAUUAAGUGGCAGUGCUACGGUUGCACCAAUAGUCAUUAUUCUCAUUGAAAUAAAUGCAAAUAUUUUCUGGAAGUUCCCAUGAAA